AUGGCUUCAGGGAAGAAUGAGGAUAAACCUGAAUAUGUAACGAACGACUGGCAAAUUGAAUGGCUAACAGCUACGCCACAGAAUCUUGGCUCGCUCCAGAGCGUCACAGAUGAGGAAGGAAUCAGACGGGUUGAAGAGGCGGUGAAUCGUUGCUUCCGCGAUGGCUUCAAGUCUGAGGAAUACAAGUUCUGGUAUUUUUAUAGUGAAGGGAACACAUUCAUAAAAGUUAUUGUAUCAAACAGAAAGCCCAAUUAUGACAUGAUAUUGACUGGAGAGUUGCCAGCUUUGGGUAUGGUCAUGUUCAGGGCGGAAGACACCGACUUCGGUAACAUCUGGAAAGACUUGGCAUGUCAGAUCGAGGAAAAAGCAAAACAAAUUGCAUUGACGUCCGCUGGGUAG